CGGAAACGCGCCGCGGGGCUGCUGGGCUCAGCCGGGCGCUGGCGGCUCCGUGGCGUUUCCUGCCACGCCGGGCCUGCUUGGGCCGCGCCAGCGCCGCUCCACCGAGGGCUGCGCGUCGGCCGCCACGGGGCCGGGGAUUCAGUGACAUCUGAUGAUGUGGCACAGUACAUCGCAAAAGGAGUGACUGAGACUGGACGCCGCGCAGAGGACGCUGGCAUUUUACAGGGAUGCGACCUCCGUGGGAGUUCCUGUUUUGAAUCCUACCUGGUGUGAGGACACGUGCUGCUGGUAUCUGCCCCAUCCCUUAGUGCAGAUCGAGCGAAGCCUUCUGAGGAACAGUGUCUCGCGGUUCUCAUCUCAGAAGGCAUCUUGGUGACCCAACAGCAGACGAUGGGUGAAGACGCUCAGCCACAGGAGAUGGCAUCCACCAGCUCCCCGCGGGCCGGGGAGCCCAGCCCCGAGGUCAAACAGAACAGGGACUCUGAGCGGAGGGGGGGGAGCCUUCAGAAUCUGCCUAUGGAACAUCACUUCGCGUGUAAAGAGUGCGGGGAUGCCUUUCGGCUUAAGGUCCUCCUCGUGCAGCACCAGAGAAUUCACAGUGAGGAGAAGGGCUGGGAGUGUGGUGAUUGCGGGCAGGUCUUCAGGGGGGUCUCGGAGUUCAAUGAGCACCGGAAGGGCCAUGUGGCCGCAGAGCCCCAGCCCGGCCCCAGCCGAGCCCCGGAAGAUGCUCUGGAGAAGAGGGAGCAAAUGGAGAGGGAGGCGAAGCCCUUCGAGUGUGAGGAAUGUGGGAAGAGGUUUAAGAAGAACGCAGGCCUCAGUCAGCAUCUGCGUGUCCACAGCAGAGAGAAGCCCUUUGACUGUGAGGAAUGUGGGCGGUCCUUCAAAGUGAGCACCCACCUCUUUCGCCAUCAGAAGCUGCACACGUCCGAAAAGCCGUUCGCCUGCAGGGCGUGUGGCCGGGAGUUCCUGGAUCGCCAGGAGCUUCUCAAGCACCAGCGGGUGCACACCGGCCACCUGCCCUUCGACUGUGACGACUGCGGCAAGUCCUUCCGCGGCGUCAACGGCCUGGCCGAGCACCAGCGCAUCCACAGCGGGGCCAAGCCGUACGGGUGCCCCCACUGCGGCAAGCUCUUCCGGAGGAGCUCGGAGCUCACCAAGCACCGCCGCAUCCACACGGGCGAGAAGCCGUACGAGUGCGGCCAGUGCGGGAAGGCGUUCCGGCAGAGCUCCAGCCUCCUGGAGCACCAGCGCAUCCACACCGGUGAGCGGCCCUACGGCUGUGGCGACUGCGGCAAGGCCUUCCGCGGGCCGUCCGACCUCAUUAAGCACCGGCGCAUCCACAGCGGACUGAAGCCCUACGAGUGUGACAAAUGCGGGAAGGCCUUCCGGAGGAGCUCGGGCCUGAGUCGCCAUCGGAGGACCCACAGCGGAGCGAGGCGCUGCGAGUGCAGCGCGUGUGGCCGCGUGUUCAAGAGGCGCUCGGCGCUGCAGAAGCAUCAGCCGACCCACCACGACUAGAGGAGGCCCCCGGAGGCGGCGGCUUCCCGCGGGGCAGGGGGCGGGGGGGGGGGGGGGGCGAGUCUCUAGAGGGGCAGGGCAGAGUCAAAGGAGAUGAACAGUUUUGUAGCGCUGAUAUAUUUUCGCGUCAGAAAGGUCGAAUCCAAUUUAUACUGUCACCAGCAAUUUAUAAGUGUACAUGUUUCCCAUUUUGCCUAUCGAGAGUAGCUUCUCCGACAUUCUAAUUUAUUUGGACUAGUGUGACGGGCAUAAAGUACCUUCAAGGUAUUCCAAUCCGCGGGCCUUGAAACCGAGAAUGAGAGAAGAGAAACCUGCAUGUGGGGGGUGGAGGGGGGCGUGUGGGUCCCCUUCUCCCGGCUGCUCCCUCCGGGAACGGGACACAGAGCUAGUCAGUGAUGGCCUCGAUGUAACGUGACCCCAGCUUUACCUGAAGACAAGAUAGAGCCCCAGAGUUGUUUGGCCUACUUGAAUUUAUAAAUUGUUAGGGAUGUACAUAGAACACUCAAAUGUCUUAUAAUAUUUAAUUUAUUAAUUCAGUUAUACGUACAUACUGUAAAUCACAUAUUACAUAGAAUAAUAUAUUACUUUAGAAAAUACUCCUUUUUUUCCCUCACGCCACUCCACAAGAUGAUUUUAUUUUGAAUCCUCACAUGCAUCUCUGACCUCACCAUCUUCACCAACCUGGUAGCCCCUUUUGAGUCCCCCGACAGUUUCAAAGCACAUCCGAUGGCUUCCAUCCAUCUAAGCUGUGUGCCAUGUAGCACUGUGACAAUCCCUGCACAAGGCUCUCACUAGAAACUUCCUCCCAAGCCAUAAGUACGUGUUCACAUACUGUUCGGACAGUUGUUGUUUUUAAAUUUGUCCCGUAGCUCCACAACAUAACCACUUACCGUGUUUGCCUUUUUCAAAUGACCGUUAAAAGACUUUUUUGAAGCAUCUAUAACUUGGCAUUGUGAGGUCAUACUCCCAGGAAUAAGUACUGAAUCUGGGCUACAUUGCUUUUGCGUCCAUUUUUCUUCAACCAGUUUGUUCUGGUGACUUCCAUGUGCGUCCAAAACUAAGCAUCAACUGGGGUCUGUUUCGGGUUCAUAGGUCUUGUCCUCAAGCAGCACUGUUCUGUUCAAGCUCAAGUAGUUGAAAGAGCAUCCCCAUAACAGGGACGUCUCAAGGACUCAAGUAUAAGGUGAUGCCUCUUUUUUCGGGAGCGAUAGCCUCUCCUCCCAUGGAGGCAGCCCUCUGUUUCGGGCUCUAAAACAGGGGUGAUCACAGGACUACCUCCUAAGGUUAUCGUGAGAACUGCGACGCCACGCCUGGCCCGAAGGUGCACACUCAGUGAAGGUCGUCCGCUGUCAUCACCAUAAUUAUCGCUGUCGUUCUGUGGCUCCUUAGCACCGGAACUGGGGAUGGACCCAGGCCUCCUGACUCCUAGUCUCCCCUUCUUUCUCCCGUGCAGUGACUUAAAUCGUGUUCCUGUUUUCUUGCACGCAAAUCGUACGUUCAUCUCCUUUGACCAGUUACCAAGUUACCUUUGGAUAUAUUGACUUCAUACAGCGGUUCUUUCUAUAUCGAUUGUGAUGAUCUCUUUUCCAGUUUUAUUGCUUUGCUCUUUGUAGCAGUUUUAUUACAUUUUGUCGUGCGAGUUUUAAGUUUUACAUAUCUGAGCACUCACCGUUGUCCGUUAAGCCGUAACUUCCAUUGCUUCCGUACUGAGAUACGAUGAUGUUUUCUUCUAGAAUUUUAAUUACAAAUGAAAAGUUGAAAGCCCUGCCCCACCAGAAGGUGGAUGCACCAGGUGGGCAGGCUGGAUGGGAAGGGGCCAGAGAAGCAGGCUCUCUCCUCAUCCAAGACGCAGACUCUGUGCAUGUCUGUGGGCAGUACUUGACUAUCCAACCUGGCCACGCAGACACGCAAGAGAAACGUCCAUCUCGGAUUGGCCAGAACAUUCUGACUGUUCCUCAGUAUAGCCCUACCUGUCAGCAGCAGGCCUGGGCCUAAACUAGAUCAAUGGGGUGGUCCAAACGUGGUCUUGGCUGCAGCUGGCUCUCCUUCAAGCUCCUGGGAGCUUUGGCCAUGCCCGGCAUGGAUUCAGUGCCUGAGCAGCAGAUCCACCCAAGACACAUCUCCUCGAACACAAGAAGACUCACUUGACCGAUGCUGUCAUGUGGAUUGCAUCCUCCUCCUAGUGAGUGACUCUGGAAACAGAAAGAGGUCAGUCUGGUGGCUUUUGCUUUGGGCAACUAGGGGGAAACUCACCCACGUGUUCUGACGUUACCUCCUGCAGCUACACCUAAGAGGAGCAACAGAGCAGAGGCUCGGAGCGGAACCGUGCCCCUCUGAUGCCCUGUGUGUCACGGCCGUAGACGCUGGCCACAACAGGCCCAGGCUGGGACCGUCAGCGGCCAUGCCCAGGAGGGGCAAUAGAACAAGGGUUUGGAGGGCAACCGUGCCCUUCUGAUGGCCCAUAUGGCGUAGAAACCGAAGCUGGUCAUCCUGGGGCUAGGCUGUUACUCCCGACAGCCUCCCCCAAGAGGAACGGCAGCAAGGGCUGACCAGAAAGCUGGCCUCCAGUGACCUGCCGAACCCGCAGGUAGAAGCCAGCCGCCCCGGGGCUGUGGUGUGACCUCCCAGCAGCUGUGCCCCAGGGGCCACUAGCGGGCCCCUAGAGGGGGUGUACCCUUCCUGAUGCCCCCCCCCCCCCCGCCCCGCCGAGGCUGAGACGGAGCUUCUCAGCAGGCACACCCGGAGGAGCUUCUCAGGCCCCCAUCCUGGGAAGCAGGGUCCCCUGGUGACCGCUGUGACCUUAGCCAGAAGGUCCUCGGGAAUGGCCGCCAGGCCACGGGAGUGGCUCUCUCUGAUGUCUCCAUCCCGGCCCUCGGGCUGGAGAGAAGCCAACAGCACUUGUUACAUAGCCGCUGCUUUUGCUCUGUGGCUUCCGGUCCAACUGUGUCCGCAGUCACUGCUUCCUUCUGCAUCACUGGUCUCUUUUCAAGCUGUCAGGACACGUUCGACACAACGGCCAUUGGGUAAGGAACUUGACAUUGAUGGGGGGCGAGUCUGGCAGCUCACUAGCCGUUUGUCAGCUUCUCUGAAGGAUCCAGAUACAGUAUUAGCUCAGAACUCAGCGUUGUCGCCGCCGCUCCAUAGCUCGCCCGCUGGGACGCGGCGUCCUGGCGUCACGUCAUGCCCUCCUUGACUUUUGUCAUUCUCAGUUCUCGCGUUCUCUCUGACACAAACCCUCUUCUAGAGUUAACACUAAAGACCGCAUCUUUUCUGUCGCUGUGUUUGCGGGUGACGUCUGUGCUCUGUCCGGCGCAAGCAGCCUGUGGCUUUAACGUGUGUCCCGUAGUUGCGCAAGUUCAGUGUUAUGUGAUCAAGCUUCCUGUUGUGUGUGCUCGUCUAUGCAUUUGUGUAUCUACCUCAUUUCGUUUUUUCUUUCUAAUCCCACACAUUCCUUUCGCAAGGGAAAUGUAGAGCAGUUGGGUUACAUAGAACGCCGACUCUCAUUAAAAAUAGAUCCUUUUCUUAGAUUCUGAAAGAAACCUUCCAUUGCUUUUAUUAAAGUUUUGAAUACUUGCUGAAACUUUUAAAUGAAAGUGGUUGUUUACCAUUUUUGCUGCUUAUUACGAUUAACUGUGUUGAUUAGUUAUGUCUUACCCACUUCUGCACUUCCAGAGUGAGCCCCGCCCCCACCCCCGCUCAAAUCACAGUGUUGGCAUUCCACGGGCCUGGGGUUUCAGCCUUGUCAUGUGCCCCGGGACCCUCACCGCCCCCCCAGGCCACAUUAAUUCAACCAGAACUGAACCCUUGACUCAAGGGCAGCAACCAGUCAUCAGAGCCGACUGGACACGACAGGCUGGGCCUUUCAGGUUCUCUGUCUGUGAAGUGCGAACAAGAAAAAUGAGAGAGGCGUUUCUAGUUGGUAUUGGAAGAAAGAGGGAGCCACACGAUAUAUAGAGGAGUUGACCCCAUGGGUGGCACCAGCUGGAAGAUGUGUGGGCUCCUGCUAAGCACUCCAGAGCUGCCUCAGCUCCAGCACCCCAGCGGAGUCCUGGCCUCGUUAUGUUCUUGGAUGUCGGGCAGCUGCCCCCAUCAGUUCAUUUGUGUCCCCACCGUAGUCUCCCUUGACCUGAGCCAGCUUGAGUGGGUCUCUGCUUUCUGCAAUCUGUCAAGAGCCAGUUGCCUUUUACCACUUGGCUGCUUCCUGAGGAGAAUCACGUGGCUGGUUUUCCUCAUGUUCUACCCGGCUCGGGUUCCCGGCCCAAGCCCCACCUGAUUAUCGGAAACACCUGUUUGAAUGUGGUACUGUACUCUGCUCACUCAGAUGGGUAAAAAUCUAUGCCUUUUAGUCUCAGUGAGUUGGACCAAUGCCUUUCUGUCCAGGUAGCGUUGCUGUACGGUUCCCCUGUUUGUCCCAUGAAACGAGUUUAAGUCAACACCCACCACCUUGUUGUUUCUUUUGGAAGCGUCUCGCUACUUCCAGAGAAUCCAUCAGAUUGGGGAAUUGAGAAUUUCUCUAUUACUAGUAUACUUACAUUCUGUACUUCUCCUAGUAUCAGUUUAGGUGUUUACCUUCAAAACUAGAAAUGGUCUCUUUUAACUUGGCCUUCAAUGUUCUUUGCCGUGUCUGCCCCGGUCCAUAUUUCAGUUGUUGGCCCUCUUCUCUCAUUCCUCCCUGAGCUCCUUAACUUGUUUGUUUUAUGGCACUUACUAUAAUCAGCCUUGCACUAGAGCUUCGCCCUCCCCACCUGCCCCCCACCCGUUAGAUUGUGAGCUCUUAUAAGACAGGGGUGACCCUUCAUGUCUGAUUCCCCUACCAGAUCUAGCACAGUGCCUUGCAUCAAGUAGAUUUCAAUAAAUAUAUGUUAAAUGGCA